AUGCAAGAAACUACGAUAAUUAAAGAUAAAAGUGUUCGGAGAGCCAGUCUGAGAGUCGGGUACGUUGACCGAUUCCUGUCUGGAAUCUUCGCAUAUUUAAGCUAUACUCCACAAACUUUUCGCUACAUAGUUAAGAAAGUAUCAAAUCUGUAUUCGAAUAUCAAGUGUCAACACAAUUCAUGCAUUACAUCAUUACCAUCAUAG